GCCUCCCCUCGGCCCUCCCUUCCUCGAGUCCCCCCUCCCUUUCGCUCACCUUAAAACCACCGUGCAUCACCAUGGCGAGUUGCUCCUUCGCUCGCGACCAAGCGACAAGGAGACUGAGAGGUGCGGCGGCAGCAGCAGCAGCAGCUCCAGCUCCAGCUCCAGCAGCAGUGCCAACCGCGACCACCCCGCUUCUUUCCCCAGGAACCGCAACCGCACUCAUUGGGACCGGGUCGUCUUGUCCGGGAGCCAUGUGGCUCUCUACAGCCACAGGUUCCCGGUCAGACUCCGAGUCUGAAGAGGAGGACCUCCCCGUCGGGGCCGAAGUCUGCAAACGCGGCUACCUGAGGAAGCAGAAGCAUGGGCACAGGCGCUACUUCGUGCUCAAACUCGAGACCGCCGACGCCCCGGCCCGGCUGGAAUACUACGAAAACGCCAGGAAGUUCCGGCACAGCGUCCGCGUCGCCGCCGCUGCAGCUGCGGCGGCCGCCUCAGGCGCCGCGGUCCCCGCUCUCAUUCCGCCGCGGCGCGUAAUCACCCUAUACCAGUGCUUCUCUGUGAGCCAGCGAGCGGAUGCCAGGUACCGACACCUCAUUGCCCUUUUCACCCAGGACGAGUACUUCGCGAUGGUGGCCGAGAACGAGUCGGAACAAGAAAGCUGGUACUUGCUGCUCAGCCGCCUCAUCCUUGAGAGCAAACGCCGCCGCUGCGGCACGCUCAGCGCACAGCCGGACGGAGAGCCGGCCGCGCUGGCGGCCGCAGCGGCGGCGGAGCCACCCUUCUAUAAAGAUGUGUGGCAGGUAAUAGUGAAACCCAGGGGGCUGGGGCACAAAAAAGAGCUGAGCGGCGUGUUCCGGCUGUGUCUUACCGACGAAGAGGUCGUGUUUGUGAGGCUGAACACUGAAGUGGCCAGCGUGGUCGUCCAGCUCCUGAGCAUCCGUCGCUGCGGGCACUCGGAGCAGUAUUUCUUCUUGGAAGUCGGUAGGUCCACCGUCAUCGGUCCGGGAGAGCUCUGGAUGCAGGUUGAUGACUGUGUGGUGGCCCAAAACAUGCACGAGCUGUUUUUGGAGAAGAUGCGAGCCUUGUGUGCAGACGAAUACAGAGCCCGCUGCCGCAGUUACAGCAUCAGCAUCGGUGCCCACCUGUUAACCCUGCUGUCCGCUAGGAGGCACCUGGGCCUGCUGCCGCUCGAGCCCGGCGGCUGGCUCCGAAGGUCCCGCUUUGAUCAGUUUCGCCACCUCCGGGCCCUCGGUGAAGGUGAGAGUGAGGGUGAUGAGGAAGAUGAGACGCUCUUCACCAGGCGCUUUGGAGCACCCAGCGAGCCGGUGCCCCCCUCCAGGCAAGGAAGACUGCACCUGCCCGGAGAGCGAAGGUCCAGGAGAGCGGUUUCAGUGCCGGCCAGCGUUUUCCGCCGCUUAACCCCCAGUCCUGUACGUGCCCCGCAGCCUGCAGAAGCCCGGAACGACAGAGUUUGCCUGUCUCCUGAAGCAACUGGCCCUGGUAACUCUGGAGAGGAAGAGAAUCCUCAAGGCAAAGAGAAUCAGGAAGAAAGCGGAGGUGACUACAUGCCCAUGAACAAUUGGGGCUCAGGCAAUGGCCGAGGUUCAGGAGGUGGCCAGGGCUCAAGUGGCCAAGGCUCCAGUAGCCAGAGCUCCGGAGGAAACCAAUGCUCAGGUGGGGAACAAGGAUCCAGAGGUGGCCAGGGCUCAAGUGGCCAAGGCUCCAGUAGCCAGAGCUCCGGAGGAAACCAAUGCUCAGGUGGGGAACAAGGAUCCAGAGGUGGCCAGGGCUCAAGUGGCCAGGGUUCAGGAGGCCAAGGUGCAGGAGGAAACCAGUGUUCAGGAGAUGGCCAGGGCGCUGCAGGUGGUCAUGGCUCAGGUGGUGGCCAGGGAGCUGGAGGUGGGCAUGGCUCAGGCCGUGGCCAAGGACCUGGAGAUGGCCGUGGUUCAGGUAGUGGUAAGAACUCUGGAAGGGGCAAGGGCUCAGGAAGUGGGAAAUCUCUGAAGAAAAGAUCUUACUUUGGCAAAUUCACUCAAAGCAAGCCACAGCAAAUACCACCACCACCACCACCACCACCCCCAUCCCCUCCAACUGGAGCAACUGCUGGGAAAGGGAAGUCGGGUGGAAGAUUCCGACUUUAUUUUUGUGCUGACAGAGGAGCCACAAAAGAACGAAAAGAAGCCAGAGAAGUUAAAGAUCCAGAGAUCCCAGAAGGUGCAGCUCGGGGUCCCUACAGAGCCAGAGCUUUUGAUGAAGAUGAGGAUGACCCAUAUGUGCCAAUGAGGCCAGGGGUGGCUGCCCCUCUUGCAAGCUCCAGUGAUUAUAUGCCAAUGGCUCCUCAAAAUGUCUCUGCUUCAAAACGGCAUUCUCGAUCACCUUUUGAAGAUUCAAGGGGGUACAUGAUGAUGUUCCCCAGAGUGAGCCCACCACCUGUUCAAAGUCCUGCAAAAACACCAGAUCCUGAUAAACAGGAUGAUUCAAAGGACAAUGACAAUGACAGUGACAGUGACUACAUGUUUAUGGCUCCUGGAGCUGGUGCAAUUCCAAAAAACCCCAGGAACCCUCAGGGUGGCUCUUCCUCCAAAAGUUGGAGCUCCUACUUCUCGCUGCCAAAUCCUUUUCGGAGCUCCCCUUUGGGACAGAGCGGCCACAGUGAGUACGUACCAAUGUUACCUGGAAAGUCCCUGGGGAGGGGCCUAGACAAAGAAGCCUCUAACUGGGGCCCCGAAUGUGCAGCUUCAAACCAGCCAGUUGAGGGGUUAUUCUCAAAGCCUGGAGAUGGGGGGUCACCUUCAAAGCCUUUGGAUGAUGAGCCCUCAAAUGAUAAGGCUGAGAGACCUAACCUACUUUCUUUUAUUACAAAAGGAAAUGAAAUCAACCCAAACUCACAAAAUCCCACACAGGAGCAGAGAGAAGCUGACAGCUCUAGUGACUAUGUUAACAUUGACUUCACUGAAAAAGAUAGUGGUAUGCCAGCUCCCUCUCCUCGAGGACUGCCAGGUUUGUGGGGCAUAAUUGCUAACCCCAGACAGUCAGCCUUUUCUCCUUACGUGAAUGUUGAGUUUGGAGUGCCAUUUCCAAAUCCAGCAAGCAACUUCUCAGAUCUUUUAAGAGCUAUACCAGGUGCCAACCCCCUAUUUCUGGAUGGUGCUAGGUGGCCACUUCUUCCUCUUCCUCCCAAUGCUACAGGUAGCAAUGCUAAUGAGGAAGAGGGUGACUACAUUGAAGUAAUUUUCAACCCAGCAAUGACACCAGCAGUGCCUUUUGCUGACAGUGCCAUUCGCUAUGAUGCUGAAACAGGUCGAAUCUAUGUGGUCGACCCAUUUUCUGAGUGCUGUAUGGACAUUUCUCUCUCCCCCAGCCGAUGCUCUGAACCACCACCUGUAGCUAGGCUGCUGCAGCACGAAGAGCAAAAUAGAAGACGCCCACAAAGCCGCUCGCAAAGUUUCUUUGCAGCCUCUAGAGCUGCUGUCUCUGCUUUUCCAACUGACAGUCUCGAGCGAGACCUAUCUGCCUCCUCAGCCGUGGCUGCCGGUUUGGCAGCAGCGCCCUUAGCCGUGGGCCGGGCCUUAGCAGUGGCCUCCGCCCUCGCUGUGGCCCCGGGCAUCGGCUCAGCAGCCGCCGGUUGGGAGGCCGCCUUUGGAUUUAACUCAGCCUCCGCCCGCUGGUUUCCACCUGUUGCUAAUGCUGCAGAUGCCGAAGCAGUGAGAGGGGCCCAGGACAGAGCCCGGGUCUCGAACCUGGGAGCCCAAAACCCAUCUGCAGACCUUGUCAGAGGUGAAAACGCGGCGGGCGGGCCUGGUUCUGCCGCUGCCGCUGCCCCUGCCGCUGCUGCUGCUGCCGCCGCUGCUGCUGCUGCUGCUCCCGUUCCUCCCCCCCCACCUCGUCGCUGGAUGCCAAGACCCCCAGAGAGAGAAGAUUCUGACAACGACCAAGACGACGACGACGACGACGACGACGACGACAUUUACGUGAGAAUGGACUUUGCCAGACCUGACAAGAAGUUUUGACUCUCCCAAAAGAGAGUGAUUACAUUACUACAAAAACACAUUUUAGAAGAAAAAUGAUGCUUCUGGAAUUUCAUCUUCAUCUACUCCAGAUCUGCCUAAGAGAAAGAAAAUUCAGAGGCUUUUGAAUAGAAAGCAGUGUAAAUAUCUACAAGCCUACAAGUGGACUCUGGCAGUUGAGUGAUCCUAUUCGCGCAGAUCAUUCAUAUUGCUGCCUUAUGGAUUCAGUGAUUUUGAGUUAAAAGUCAUAUUGUGCUGUUUUUGUUUUCUGUUUUCUCUCCUCAUCAGUCUCUUUGCAAGAAAACAAAAACUAUAGAAGUGAGCAUCUUGUAACUCUUGCCUUUCUCUCUUUUAAAAACGUGUUUUUACAGUAUGUGUAAAUAUGUCUAAGAUCAAUUUUAAUGAAUUAAAAUAUUUAGAUUUAAUUUUGAAGUUGAAAAAGCUUUAAACAAGGUUGGAUAAAGAAAAAAGUUAUAAUAAUGAGAAGGUAGGUAUGAUCUGGAAUCUUUUUCUGGAUACUACAUAUACAAAACAUUUCUUGAUCAAGGAAUUAAAUAUCAACUGAUAUCUUGACGGGACAUUUCCAAUAUUUUAAAGACAGGACUAAAGGGCAGAUGAUCUCAGUUUUUGUUCAUUAACAAAACUGCAACAUUCUGUCCACAUUAAACGUCAGCUAAACUGAUAUCUUGAUUAAGCAUUUACAACAUUUCAAGGGCAGAACUGAGAAACAGAUUAUCUGUUCAUAUAUAAUACUCUGAUAUUCUGCCUAGAAAUUGACCAUCUCUAAACCUAUUAUUUUGAUUUUAUUUUGAACAGUACAUUUUCCUCUUGAAGAAAUGUUCUUCAAGCCUCCUUACAACUCCUCUCUCUGCCUCUCUAGGCCUCCCCCUCUUCUCUCCCCAUUCUUCUCUCCCCAUUCUUCUCCCUUUUUCUGCCCCUCCCCCCAACUCUCCCUCCUAUGCCUGUGACUACUAUGAAAAGAUUAGUUUCCCACUUCCAGUAAAUUAGUGGGUACUUACCAGUCAAUAUUAUGAUUAAAACUUAAGCCAAAAGGAACCUCUUAUAAGGCUUUAUUUCCUUCUGGACAAUGAGCCGACAUAAGAUGUACUAAAUUUAAAAAAAAAAUCAGAGCAAGCUUUUCCCACCCCUUUUUGCUUGCAUCUGAUGGAAACUGAAUUAAGAUUUUGGGAACCUGGACCUUUGAGAACAUGACACUAACAGGUGGUGACCACAGAGGAUAAGUACAAAGGUCUUGAAGCUUGCUUAGAGCUUUGUUAUGUGGUGGUACACAAGUCUUGGCUUGUAUCAUCACUGGCAAACCUCAUCAUAAUCACAGAUGGCUGAGUGUUUGAGUGUCUGUGUAAGUGUGUGAGUGCUAGUUGUGCGUGUGUGUGCACAUAUUUGUGUAUAUGCACACGUUUGUGUACCUGUGUACAUGUGAUCGUAGAAAUGUACCUGUUGUGUGUAACUCUGUUUAAAAAAAUUGCUUCGCAUUUACUCUGCAACUUUGAAGUGGUGUAAUAUUGAUCUAGAGUUUUUGCCACCCAGUUUUGAUGUCUUUGAACGUGUACUUCUAUCUUCAAGCUGGCAUAUAGUACAUGUUGCUAAACUACUCUUAAGAACCGAAUUGAUUUCUAUCGUUUUUCCUUGCCUACCAACCGAAGGGAUGGGGGGGCUCUUCCUUUUUUCCCCCUUGUGAGUGGUGCUGAGGAGGAGAUGUGGCUACAGUACCAGUCACUGCUUCAGUUACCGGUCACUGCUAGGGCAUCAACUUCUUCAGUUCCUUCAGACUCCUCUCUUUUCCCAACCUAAGCAAAUAGUGCAGUGGCUUUUGUUCAUUCUGGUAACAGUGCACUCUUUAGGCAGCCUUUCUUCAAGCCUCUCUCACCAUUUUAUUGUCAAGUAACUUGAGUUCACAAUCGUUCAGAAUUGUGGAAAGAAAAGAUUAUUUGGAGGAAAAUGCUAUAUCGCUUUAUUUGCAUAUUAGGUUCCAGAACUGCCAGCAAACAGGGUUCAGAGGAGUACGGCACAGGUGGAACACUUGCUGAAUAAACGAAUGGAAAAUCUCUUACACAACAGUACAUACAAAUAGUAACAGGUACAAAUCGUCACAGGUACAGCAUAACACAUAUGCGGUCUUUUUGACACUAGUUUACAGACACAAUUUAUUCAGUAUUGUGCUGGAAGAAAUCUUUAGAGAGUAUGUUUAAGAAUGUGUGUACCAACAAGAAAGUGUGUACCAACGUAGUACUUAAACCUUCCAGCUGUUAGUUUAUGCUGCUGUUAAGAAAAACCAAUGGUGGAACGAUUUUAUUUUGUGACCUCUACGUUUAAUUUGGUAUCAGACAUAGUCACUUGGUCAGUAACAACUAAAAUGUGAUAGUUCCAACAGCUCAUUAUAUUUGCUAUUUCUGCUUCACAGGUACGCUUUUGAGUUGCCCUUGCUUUGUCUUCCUUUGUAAAUACUGUUAUAGUCUUUUCUUUGUGAACAUCUCAUUUGCAGUUUUGGGAGACAAAUUUGCAACUCUGUAUAGUGUUUAUAUAUAUAUAUCUGACUUGCUUUUCCAUAGAGCUACUCGCAAUA